AUGGACCACGACACCAAUCGACUGCGUCUGAACUUUCAGUUUGACAAUCAACACAACUUUGAUGCUGCCAAUGCACGCAUGUAUCCUACAACCCCCUCGACAUUUCCCCAACCCAUCUACGGUGCUCAACAGCAAGAUUACAUGGGAGGAAGCAUGUUAUCUCCCAACCCUGCAACCAACAAUGGAUAUUUUAUGAAUCAACAGUACCCUCAACAGCCCCCGCAACAACAGCAGCAGCACCCGCACCAACAAUAUCAGCAGCAGCAAUACCAAUAUCAGCAGCAGCAGCAGCAGCAGCAGCAGGCCAGUCUUCAAUCACCUCAACCUGCCUAUCAAGCGAAUUCCAGGCCAUACAUGGUCAACAAUAAUAACGAUGGCACAAGUGGGUUGAUUCAACAGUUCUCCAAUCAAGAUUUGAGUGCGACCCCAAGGGCCAAUGUCAACCGGACCCCUUCUCCUGCCAAUGCCCGACCACGGACCGCUGGUGAGGCCAGACAAACCCAGAAUCCCUAUCAAAGCCAUUUGGCACCUCCAAUGCCCAGGGCUGCCCCAAAGACGGAGGAGGAGGAGCAACCAAACCCGCGAAAGUAUUCGGACAACAUCCUGAAGCGUGGAACUGCAGCAAAACAACUGGUCAACAGUUUUUUCCAAGAAAACAUUGAGCGAGCCAGGGAUCGGAACAGUCGUGCAAAAGAGCUUGAUGCGAUACUCAAGGACCCCAAUAUCUCCGACCUCCAAAAACAGAAGGAUAUCGAUACCCUCGCCCAGAAGGAAGCUCGUUUCUUGCGGUUCAUCCGAACAAAGGAAAGUCCCCAGAAUUUCACCACCAUCAAAGUCAUUGGCAAAGGAGCUUUCGGAGAAGUCAAGCUUGUGCAACGCAAAUCAGAUGGCAAAAUCUACGCACUGAAGUCGCUGAUCAAAUCAGAAAUGUUCAAGAAGGACCAGUUGGCCCAUGUUCGUGCUGAGCGAGAUAUUCUUGCAGACUCCAAGGACAACCCAUGGCUGGUUAAGUUGCAUGCUUCGUUCCAGGACGCGGCUUUCCUCUACAUGUUGAUGGAGUUCUUGCCUGGCGGCGAUUUGAUGACUAUGUUGAUCAAAUAUGAAAUCUUCUCGGAAGAUAUCACGCGCUUUUAUAUGGCUGAAAUCGUCAUGGCAAUCGAGGCCGUGCACAAGUUGGGUUUCUUGCAUCGUGAUAUCAAGCCAGAUAAUAUUCUGUUGGAUCGAGGUGGUCACAUCAAGUUGACUGACUUUGGCCUAUCAACUGGCGGCCGCAAACAACAUGAGAACUCCUACUACCAGGCCCUUCUCAAAUCAAAUGCGAAUGACAAGUCCGGAAAUCGAAACUCAAUGGCACUCAACGAACAGAUCAAUCUUACUGUCAGCAAUCGUGGAUUGGUCAACACAUGGCGAAAGUCAAGGCGCCACAUGGCCUAUUCCACUGUAGGAACUCCAGACUAUAUCGCGCCUGAGAUCUUCCUGGGUCAGGGCUAUACCUAUUUGUGCGAUUGGUGGUCAGUUGGAGCAAUCAUGUUCGAAUGUCUCGUUGGCUGGCCCCCGUUCUGUGCCGAAGAUACGCACGAUACUUAUCGAAAGAUUGUGAACUGGCGCGAGUCGUUGUACUUCCCUGACGAACUCGUGCUGGGAAGGGAUGCCGAAGACAUGAUUCGAAGCUUCUUGUGCGACGCAGCGGACCGACUUGGUAAGGAAGGCGGUGCGCACGAUGGUGCUUCAAGUAUCAAGAAACACCCUUUCUUCCGUGGCGUGGUGUGGGAUCAGCUGAGAAAGAUUCGCGCACCCUUUGAGCCUAAGUUGUCAUCCAAUAUCGACGUCAGCUACUUCCCAAUUGACGAGAUCCCACAAGAAGACAACAGCGCCAUGCACCGAGCUCACGCUAAACAAGUGCUACCAGAGCAAGAUGCUGAAAUGAGCUUGCCGUUCAUUGGAUACACCUAUAAGGCAUUUAAUGCAUUCCAGAACUCAUAA